UUCAUUUCUCCCUCCCUUAUUUUCUCGGUCUUCUCCUCUCCUUCUGACUCUGCAGAGGGAGAAGCACAUAAAGAGAGAACAAGGAGAAGAUUUAGAAAAUCAAAUUAAACAAAAAGAAACCAGAAAUGGAGUAUCACAAAGUCUCCUCUCCAACUUUGUCCAAGAAACUUACGAAUAGCUUUAGCUUCGGUGGAAAGAGCAUAUACGACGGCGUUUUCAGCGGUCCAAGAAAGGUUGUUUCGCGCGUAGAAGAAGACUACGGUGAGAUAUUUAGUGGCACUAGUAGCUGUUCGAUUCCGAUUCUUGAUGUUCCGGAGCUGAACGAGAGAAAGAUUUCGGUUGAUGUUAACAGCUCGAAACUUGAUUAUUCAAAGAUAUUCGGUGGCUUUGGAGAGUUUGAUUUUGGCGUCUCUCAUGAGGAACUUCCUGUGAAACCAAAGAAAAGAGACAGCUGUAUUGAAGAGGCGCGGACACCAGCUGAAACAGGGGCACAUACUUCUAACUUUUCAGUGGAAAAUCAAGUGUUGUCACAAGAAGCCACUCAUGAGUCAUUAGAUGGUGUGAAACAGUCAAAAGUGUUUUACCAUAAAACCAAGGAAGGAGGAAGAAAUGGGAUAAACGGGACAAAAAACUUAGCUCAGUAUCAUGAUGUGCCCGGUUAUAUUCGUUUAAUUGAUGAAGUUGCUCCCUCACAGAUGAAUGGAGGUGAUAAGCCAUUGUCUUCGGUACCAAAUAACACUUACCAUAAUAGAAGUUUCAGUGGGGAGAUAAUGAAAGGCAAAUCUAGCAGGAAAGCUGUGUCAACCCACUCACCUGGGGGUGCUAGAGAACAGGCUUCUGGAGCUGGUACUAGAUCUAAAAAUAAAUCUAAUAGGAGUAGAUCCUAUUCAAAUGAUAUGCCAUUUGAUGCUUAUGAAAUUGGCCUUGGGAAACAUCCUUCAAAAGUAUCACCAUCUUCAACCUCUCCACACAACACUGGUUAUAAUAAAGGUGAUUCAAAGAUACCAAUGACUUCAAAGUUUGGGUUUUCUAAUAGUAAUUCCUCUGAAGAUGCUGCAGAUAUUUGUUCACCGCCUUAUUUUGAUGAGGAAGUAGAUGCAAAUUCAGUUGCUGCUGCCUCUGCUGCUGCUGUGAAAAAAGCAAUUGAGGAGGCUCAAGUUAGGAUAAGAAUUGCAAAAGAAAUAAUGGAAAGAAAGAAGGAGGGGCUUCAAAAUCAUGUGAAGUUGAGAUUUAACAAUGUCUCAAAGACGAAGCAGAGAAGGGAAAGUACAACUAUAGAUAAAGCAAACAAGUUUAGAGAAAAGGAAUGGGAGAAAUGUAAAGUUGAUAUUCAAAUGCCAGUUGCCGGGGUAGGGACACAAAAUGCAAAAUCAAGCCAAGUGGCACUGGACUUCACAGAAAGGGAUAACCUAUUUUAUGCCAAAGGAGCUUCUGAUGAAACACAUGAAAAUAAAAACAAAACAACUCCAGUGGAUCAUAAGUGGGAAGAAGUGACUGAUCGGAUGGAAUCAGUGAAUGAAUGUGAACUGAAAGAGGAAAGCUCUAUUAUGAAUAGCUUUGGGAAGCCAGAAGAAAAUGGUGAGAAAUUAGAAGUUUUUGAAGCCGCUCAUAAACAGGAGGAAAUUGAGAGGAAGCUGAAUGUUGUGGAAGGGGCUUGUGAGAUGAAAGAAUGUGCUGAUAAACCAAAGUUGGAUCAGGAGGUUCAUGAUCGGGAAGAAGAUGGAAAGAAGUUACAGCCUCCUGGGCUGCUGGAAAAAAUGGAGGUGAUGUUUAAAGCAUCCCGUGAAGUAGAAGCUUCUGAAAAGAAACUGAGAAGGUUUCAGGAACCAACAGCAAAUCAGAAGAAUGUAGAAAUGCAAGGAUCUAAGUACGAUGAAUGUAUGAAGAUGAGGACACCAAACUCUGAGCAGGAGUGGUUGGAAAAUGAACAGAAACAAAGCGAGAUAUUUAAACAACAAGAAAAUGAUACUCAAUCUGAAGAUUUUCCUGAAAGGGAAGAGGAUGAGGCUGGACCAAAAGAGAUUUUCGAUCAUAAAAAAAUUGGAAAAGAAGAAGAAGCGGCUUGUGAGUGGGUAGAAUAUGAAAAGCAACAAAAAGAAGCAUGCACUGCAGAAGAAAAUGUAGGACAAAGCAAUGUCCACUGCAGAGAAGAGGCUGAAAAGGUAUAUGAUAAAGCCGAGGAUCUGGAAAAGAUUGAGGUGAGAAUGUAUGAUGUUCAUGAUGGCAAAAAAUGUGACAAGAAACCAGAUGAGGGUAGUGAAGUAAUGAAAGAAAAGAUUAUAGAGCCUGAAGAAAAUGUGAAGAAACUGAAAGAGGCGUAUGAAAUGACAGAAACUGAGAGGAGACAGAAAGAGGGUUGUGAAUGCACAGGAUCUGGACAAAUGCAAGCAGGGAUUGACCAGAAAGCAGAAGACGAGAAGAUCAAAGCAACUCAAGAGGCUCUUGAGCACUGUAAGAACAAUCUUGAGGCAGUUAUUAAUGUAUUUAAGCAAGAAAAAAUUGGGAUUCUAAGUGAUACCCUGGGACCAUCUUGUCAUGAAGAAAACGAUGUAUCUCUGGAGAUACCCACACAUGGAGUCAAUGGGGAGGUAAUGGAAGGAACUCAAGCUUCUUCUGAGUGCAAAGAGAUGGAAACAGAAUUAAAUUCAGCUGAAGUGGCGAAUGAACUGGAGACAAAAGAGGUUUCUGAAGUUGAAAUAGCUGGUUUGGCUCAAGUGGUCCUUGAACACAAAGAGACUAAGGAGAAAGUCAACCAUACAACUGAGGCUAUUGCUUCCAAUUACAAUAGGGUAAAUGUAGGAAACACUGAUAUGGGUCUACCGCAAAAGCAAAAUGAUCCACAUGGAGAGGCAUUCGAGAUUGUCUGUAAUGGUGGAAAGCAUGUUGAAGAAUUGGCUUGUGAAUCAGAAGAAAUCUUUGAGGAUGCUGAGGAAGUUGAUGCUGCAAUUGAACAGGAAGCAGACGAGGAUAACUUUGAAUUUUCCAGUGAGAGUUGGGUUGACAGUGGAAAGAAUAUGGAGGGAACUAGGCUACCUAGCAUCUUUCAAGCGGAAGAGGAAAUGGCAGAGAUAUAUAAUGAUAUCAAGACAAGCCAGAACACAGAAAGAAAGGAAGAGACCUAUUCUGCCGAAGGUUAUAUGCAGAAAGAAGGGGAAAUAGAGAAGGAAAAUUUGAGAAAAACAGAUAAAAUAAAAGAGAAGGAAAGGGAAAAGGAGGAGAGAAUAGCUGUUGAAAGAGCAGUCCACGAAGCUCGUGAACGGGCCUUUACUGAAGCCCGAGAAAGGGCAGAAAGAGCUGCUGUUGAGAAAGCAAAUGCAGAAGCACGUCGAAGGGCAAUGGCUGAAGCCCGAGGAAGGUCAGAGAAGGCUUCUGCAGAGGCAAAUGACAAGACUUCUAUGGAAGCCAGGCUUAAAGCUGAACGUGCUGCAGUAGAGAGAGCGACUGCAGAGGCUAGGGUGCGUGCUCUAGAAAAAGCAAUGUCCGAGAAGGCUGCUGUACCGGCAAGGAAUCAAGCUGUAAAAUCCUCUGGUGCUGCCAGAGAUAAUGGGACGAGACAGAGCUUCACUUCCAACGAUUCACGACAUAGGAGCUCAGGUCCUACCAGAAGUUCAGGACAUCCUACUUCUUCUAAUAACAGUGUUCCUCGCUCUAAUGAUAAUUUUGUUGGAAUUAAUGGUGAAUCGGUUCAGAAGGAUAAAGCUAGUUUGGAGAGGGAUAAACGAACAGCGGAGCGUGCAGCCAAAGCUCUUGCGGAGAAGAAUAUGCGUGACCUUCUUGCAAAGAAAGAGCAAGCAGAGAGAAAUAGAUUAGCAGAAGCUCUAGAUGCCAAUGUCAAAAGGUGGUCAAGCGGGAAGGCUGGAAACCUGCGUGCACUGCUUUCAACCCUGCAAUAUAUCCUUGGGCCUGAUAGCGGGUGGCAGCCAAUUCCUCUAACAGAUCUUGUAGCAACUGCUGCUGUAAAGAAAGCUUAUAGAAAGGCCACUCUUUUUGUUCAUCCUGAUAAGUUACAGCAGCGAGGUGCAACCAUACAGCAAAAGUACACAUGUGAGAAGGUUUUUGAUCUUCUAAAGGAUGCUUGGAACAAAUUCGGUGCCGACGAGCGGUAGACGAUUGUCUUUCAAUGGAGAAUUAUAUUAUAUAGUCAGGAGUACAUAAUUCUUAAUUAUGACGUCAUUACAAGUAGGAAACAAGCUUUAGCCAUUGUUUUUUAACACUCAUUUUUAUGCUGGUAAGCAAUUGUCCUUCGACAAUGCAUUUUCUGUAGUCCAAGCACAUAAUAUGUAACUGUACCCUAUUAUAACUAGUAGGAAACAUGCUUUAGCCAAUCUUUUUAUACUUAUUUGUGGAGCUCGUAUAAACUAUAAAGACGUACCUCCGUAAACCAUUGG